UGACGAGCGGCGAGGGCCUCGUCGGUGCGGCUGGCACGGCGCCCUGGAGCUUCGUGCUGGCCGCAGGGCGCACCCCCCGAGAAGCGCGGGCCGGGAACCCCCGACGGCUCCCUGGAUCCUGAAUGAACGCAGACGUCCGCGAGCACAAAACGCGGCGCCACCCCGAGCUGGCCAGGGCCGGGUCUGAGCCCGGUGCACUCCCCGACCCCGGAUCCAAUGAUUCAGAAGUCGCGGCCCGCGCUGCUGCAACCUCAGGAUGUCGGAGACACAGUGGAAACGCUUAUGUUACAUCCGGCGAUCAAGGCCUUUGUGUGCGGCUCCAUCAGUGGCACCUGCUCCACUGUCCUUUUUCAGCCUCUGGAUCUCCUUAAGACGCGCCUCCAGGCUGCCCAGCCUGCAGCCCAGGGGCCCAGGCGCGUGGGGGCGUUCGCCCUGCUCCUGACAGUGGUUCGCACGGAGAGUCUGCUGGGCCUGUGGAAGGGGAUGUCUCCUUCCAUUGUGAGAUGCGUCCCUGGUGUUGGGAUCUACUUCGGCACUCUCUACUCUCUGAAGCAGCACUUCCUGCCAGGCCAUCCCCCCAGCGCCCUGGAGUCGGUCAUCCUGGGGGUGGGCUCCCGUGCGGUCGCAGGGGUCUGCAUGUCGCCCAUUACUGUGAUCAAGACACGCUAUGAGAGUGGGCAGUAUGCCUACGGGAGCAUCUACGCUGCCCUGAAGAACAUCUACCGCACAGAGGGCCACCGAGGGCUCUUCAGCGGACUGACGGCGACACUCCUUCGCGAUGCGCCCUUCUCUGGGAUCUACCUGAUGUUUUACAACCAGACCAAAAGCACCGUGCCCCAAGAGCAGCUGGGUGCAGUCCUGGCUCCUGUCGUGAACUUCAGCUGUGGGCUGGUAGCCGGCGUCCUGGCCUCGCUGGUGACCCAGCCUGCAGACGUCAUCAAGACUCACAUGCAGCUUGCCCCGGUGAGAUGUCGGUGGAUUGGGCAAACAGUCACGCUCAUUUUUAAAGACUACGGGCUGCGUGGCUUCUUCCAAGGCGGGGUCCCCCGGGCUCUCCGCAGGACACUGAUGGCAGCAAUGGCGUGGACUGUCUACGAAGAGAUGAUGGCCAGGAUGGGCCUCACGUCCUGACCAAAAGAUGACUGGGGGCGGGGGCGGAGCCGGGGUGGGAUCUGCUGCCGCCUCGGUUGCUGCUACAGGCCGCUCCGUGCUGUCCUGGGAUCGGAGGACGUCCUCUGGGAGCCUGGCAGAAACAGCGUCUCAGUGAGCCCACGCAGAUGGACCCUCGAUGGGCGGGGCUCGAGCAUCCAGAAAUCUGAAGAGGAAUCACCGGUGCAGACCUUUGGGGAGUGCGGAGAGGGGUCUGCACACACCCCAAGCCCAUUCAGAAAGGCUUUCUCGCCAGAGAGCCCCCAGCAGUGGUCGACUUUGGCCCCUCAUCUCCACCAGUGUCUCUGGCUACCCUCUGCUGUCCUCAGGGAGCCCCAGCUGGGGACACUGGGUUUGAGCAGAGGCAUCACUGUCACCAGGCUGAAGGCUGUGCCUGAGGGCGGGUGUGACGGGUAUUAGCGUGGGAAGAACAGAGGCCAUCAUGUAAGGUUUCAGCUUCCAGACACGCUGAGAACGGGCCCGUAGCGCCCUAGCCUGUAAGAGUUGUCCAAGUGCACGCUCUCCUCGCCUCUGGGCUGUCUGGAACUGAAUGUCACAUCAAUAAAAGGAAGCACUUUACCAAUGGGAGCUAUUUGGAAA